UCCAAAUCCCAAAUAUUUAAAUAGUUUAUUUUACCGUCUGUAGUCUAUCCCUUGCCACCGCUUGUACGCAAUUAGUUCCCCUCUUUCCUCCGCCGUAUUCCGCCGCCGUUCCUCCUUCCGAUGACCUCAACUCUACCCUCCUCCUCCCCUUGGCCCCUUAACCCUGCAAGUCCCACCCCCAAUCGCCGCCUCCCCUCACCGAUCUUCAUGGACGCCAACUCUCCUCCGUCCUUAGACGCCGACGAUCACUCCCCUCUCUCCGGUAUCUCCGCCGCCGUUGUCUCCCCCGACGACGAUAACCACCGCUCUCAAACUUCUUCCCCCACCACUACUUCGCAGAAUGUUAACCCUAAUCCGCUUCCUCAAAUCGUCGACUCCUCUCGCCCUACCCUCCUCCACCUCUCCUUCAACCAGGACCAUAGCUGGUUCGCUGCUGGCACCGAUCGGGGAUUCCGUAUCUACAAUUGCGAUCCCGUCCGUGAGAUUUUCCGCCGCGAUUUCGCCAACAACAGUGGCGGCGUGGGCGGCGGAAUUGGGGUUGUUCAGAUGCUAUUCCGUUGUAAUAUUCUGUCGCUGGAACCACAGUAUCCUUUGAAUAAGGUCAUGAUCUGGGACGAUCAUCAGUCCAGGUGCAUCGGAGAGCUAUCCUUUCGCUCCGAGGUGAAGUCCGUCCGGCGGCUUCGGAGGGAUAGAAUCGUGGUUGUUUUGGCGCAGAAGAUAUUGGUGUACAAUUUCGCUGAUUUGAAGUUGGUACACCAGAUAGAGACUAUGGUGAACCCCAAAGGAUUGUGUGAGGUCUCGCAGGUUUCAGGGUCUAUGGUGCUGCUUUGUCCGGGGCUGCAAAAGGGCCAGGUCAGGGUUGAACACUAUGCCUCAAAGAGGACAAAAUUUAUAGCGGCUCACGAUUCGAGGGUUUCAUCUUUUGCUAUAACAAACGAUGGGAAAUUGGUUGCUACAACAAGUAGUAAAGGGACUCUUGAAAGGAGAUGACCCUCCUUGAACAUCUUGAUUUCUUGCAACCUGAGGAGAGCUUCUGAUCAUAAAUAUUAGCCAUCGAUUUCUACUAUUAUGACCUGUCUCUGAGAGUAUAUUAAUUUAUUUACCUUGUGAACGGACAUGAACUGUAAAUAUACAAGUGGUGACAUUUGGGUCAAAAAAAAAAUAAAAAAAAUCACUAUCUGUAUUACUACUGUGGAUUUCUCUAUUCUCUAGGAGGGGGUCUGUAUUGGAGGGGGAUUCAGGAAGGCAAUCAAAGGAGCUCUUAUCUUGGCCUUCCUUCUCUCAUUGGUGGGAGAAAAUCAGAAAUCUUGGGGUUCAUCAAAGGCAAGAUCAUGGGCAGAAUAAAAAGGUGGAAUAACAAAUUCCUCUCCAGAGCUGGAAGAGAAGUACCUAUCUUGAUGUACGCCAUGAGCUAAGUUUGUUCUCAGUAAAAGCAUCGAGCUUGCUCUCAAUGACUUGACUUUUGGUGGUGCGGCCAAGGUGACAACAGGAAAAGGAUAAGAUGAGAACAUGGCGUGACCUCUGCCUUUCAAAAUCAGCCAGUGGUCUAGGCUUUCGCAGAAUUGGUGAUUUCAAUGUGUCAUUAGCUCGGGAAACAAGCUUGGAGACUAAUUGAUAAUCCCAACUCCCUUGUAUCUAAGGUCCUUAUAUAUUGAGAUUACUCAGUGGCAGUUGAAUGUAUAAAUAUCAUUUUUGUAAACCAAAGAGAGACUGAUCGCGAAUAA